AUGCCACCAACCCUCCACCUUGUCCGCCACGCCGAAGGCUUCCACAACUCCUCCUGGCACGGCGAAGCCAUCCACGACCCUCUCCUCACCGAAAAAGGCGAAGCUCAAUGCGCCGAGUUGUGCAAAAACUUUCCCUACCACGACAAGAUAGAUAUGCUCAUGGCCUCGUACGCUUCUUCCCUUCUUCCCUUCUUCUCCCACGACCGCCGACAUUCCACCAGAAUCUGUAGACUAACAAUCUCGAAAACANGUCCCAUGAAACGCACAAUCCAGACGUGCAAAUUCAGUUUCAAACCCGCAGUAGACAGAGGACUACAGAUUUUACUCAUGCCUUUGGCCCAAGAAAGCAGCGACGAACCCAUGGACACUGGCUCCGAAGUCUCGGAAAUCAAGGACAUGUUUGGGGAUUUGGUGGACGAACACCGUAUCGCAGACGUAUACCCUUACUGGCACACCAAUUGCGGCCGUUUCGACACCGAUCCGGCUACCAUGAUUGAUCGUGCCAAGAUGCUGCGAUUGUAUAUCAGAGACAGAGAAGAGAAGAAUGUGGUGCUAGUCAGUCAUGGUACCUUUGCGCAUGCGAUUACGGGAAACUUCAAUGAGCAGGGCGAGCAGACGACGAGGAUGUGGGAGAAUGCAGAGUGUAGAAGUUAUACGUUCAGUGAUGGGCCUGGGGCAGAGAUUAUUGAGACCGAGGAGAGCAAGAAGAGGAGGCCGAGUUUGGAGAUUUCGUCUGGAGAGGAGUGA